AGUAAAUAUUGGGCUAGUGUUUCUCGGUAAGAUCGCAUAUGGUUUAUUAGAGGUUAUGUUAUUCUGUGAUAUUGUUCUUCAUACAUAGCGGUACUUCAUAAUUGUUGGUUCAACUAAUCAAUUCGUUUUAAAUUUAAAGUAGUAAAUAUAAUUAUAAUGACGUUAUGCGAGGCGGAAAAAACGCUAAUUCUCCAUGGCGUUGAAGAAAAUUUCCGCAUUGACGGUCGUGAAAACAAUGACUACAGGCCCAUGGAACUAGAAACUGGAAUAGUAGCAUCUUCAUUUGGUUCAGCACGUUUGCGGCUUGCAAAUACCGACGUUUUGGUCUCAGUUAAAGUGGAAGUAGAUGUACCUUUACCAGACCAGCCUGAUAAAGGAAAAUUAGAGUUCUUUGUUGAUUGUUCAGCAAAUGCAACACCAGAUUUUGAAGGAAGGGGAGGUGAUAAUCUUGCAACUGAGAUAUCAAAUUGUCUAACUGCUGCCUACAAAUCCACAACAGCAUUUGAUACUAGAGUAUUAUGCAUCAUGAAAGGCAGAAAGUGCUGGAAGUUAUACAUUGAUAUUUUACUUCUGGAGUGUGCUGGCAAUCUAUUUGAUGCUGUAUCUUUAGCUGUUAAAGCCGCGCUAUGGGACACAAGGAUACCUAAAAUAAAGUCAGUCAGUGCAGAUGGAAACAAGAUUGAAAUGGAAGUGUCUGAUGAAUUGUAUGAUUGUGAUAGGCUUAAUGUCAUUGAUGCACCAAUAAUGGUAACUGUAUGCAAAAUAGGUGAUAAUUGCAUAGUGGAUCCUUCAGAUGCAGAGGAACAAUGUGCAGGAGGAUCAAUUGUUAUUGCAAUAUCAAAAAGCAGUUUUAGUUCAAUUGUACAAACAGGUGGUGGAUCUCUACAUCCAAGUACACUGAUAGAAUGCCUAAAAAUGGGUAAGGAAGUCGCUAAUCGGUUAGACAAUGCACUCGUUGAAACCUUGUACAAAAUUACACAUGAAUCUGCAAGUGAUGUUGGUUUUAUAAGUUAAUACCGUUAGUGGACGUGAUAUUUCAUUGUAUAAAAGCGUGACAGAUAUCAACAAUAUUGAAUCAAAAAUCAUUUCAAUCUUAAAAUUACAUCUAUUGCCAAUCUUAAUUCUAUUCCUUAAAAGGCCAAUUAUCUUAUAUUUCACAAUUGCAUAUAAGCCAGACACAAUCCAUUCUUCAAUUAAAAUAAAAUAAUAAAUAAUGAUAGUGAUGAAGGGUUUAGGGUUUCUACUUCAUUUUUGCAACUUCUUCUAUGCUUGCACAGAACUCAUCCCAUGCAUCUUUUCUGCUUUGUAUUAAAUCAGCAAAAUGCUUUUUAUAUACAUUUUGUAGUUGUUCUUUCCUUAAGGCUGCAAAUUGGACACAUGUUAACUCUUCUUCUGGCAAUUUUAACUUUGCAAAUGUACACUUCUUUGAAUGUGAAAAGUGUUCAUCCCAAGGAUCAUCCUUUGCUUCCCAGCCAUCAAGAGAUUUACUGCAGAGGAAGCAUUGUACUAAAUCAGGAUCGGUUUUGUAGCAAUUGAAUAAAAUCCUGCUUCUGCCAUCUGAAUAAAAAAUUAACAUUAUUAUUUACUUCCAUGUAGCUCAUAACAAAGAUCAUACAUUGGCUGCAUUACAUGGUUGAUCAUCAUCAAACACCCACUUCUUGAAAGAUUCCAGACGGUUUUCCUCAAGGAACAUUGAUAAUUGUAGUUUAUAGGCUUUACUUAGAUCAGGAAUCUAUAACAAAUUAAGAAAUCAACAAAACUAACCUAAAACGCUGGGGCUCGCUUUGGUAUUCUAUUCCUUACCAAAUCCAUUUUCAUUUAAGAUUUAUGUUAUCACUAUAAAUCUCCUUUUUUUCACUAGAAUAAUUGUCUUUAAAUGGGUGUAUUUUUAAAUCUUUAGAUCAAUAAGAAAUAUUAACUGCGGAACAGCGCAGCAACCGUAACAGCAACGCACAACGCGUUUGAAUUUAAAAACGGCAGUUACGAUCAGUGACAAUUUUAGAAAAGGACAGAUUAUAUAAUUUUACCAAAACAAAAAAAUUAAAAUGAAUGAACCAUUUAAAUUAUAUGAAAAAUCAUAAAUUUAUGCUAGUUUAUUAAUUGCAUGGAAAAAUUCUCAAUUUAGAAAUACAUUUUUAGGUACUAAAUAAUGUUUUUUACUCUCGCAACAUCUCUUGAUGUUUCUAAAAGUUGUAUUAGGAAGAUGUAAUAGCUUGAAAUUUAUAAAAAAAAUAUUGUCAAUCAA